CUGUGGUUCUCAAGGUUAUUGAACUGUAACUUUCUCUUUGGAAUGAAGAAUGUUUCAUCAAAUAGUUAACAUCUUUCAUUUGGUGGGGGUUUUAGUUCUGCAGAAGAGCUCAAGAAUACUGUUCUGUAUGUCCCUUACUGGAAGGACCCAUUCGAAAAGACCCUGAUGCUGGGAAAGAUUGAAGGUGGGAGGAGAAGGGGAUGACAGAGGAUGAGGUGGUUGGAUGGCAUCACCGACUCGAUGGACAUGAGUUUGAGCAAGUUCCAGGAGUUGGUGAUGGACAGGAAGACCUGGCGUGCUGCACUGCAAGGGAUCACAAAGAGUUAGACACGACUGAGCGACUGAACUGAACUGGUAACCCUUAAGGAAGAACCUGCUCCAAGGCUACACUAUUUAUUUUGGCUGCUCUGGGCCUUAGUUGUGGCUCGUGGGAUCAUCACUGUGGCAUGCGGACUCUUGGUUGUGGAAUACAUAUAGUUCCCCGACCAUGGAUUGAACCUGGGUCCCCUGCAUUGGGAAUGUGGAGUCUUCACCACUGGACCAUGAGGGAAGUCCCCUUAAAAUAUAAUUUUAGCUAAAGCCCUCCACCCCCACACACAAAAAAAGAUUUUUAAAGGACUAAGUCAUUAUAGACUAAUAUAGAAACUUCAUCCAGUCCAGACAUUGGUCCCAGUUCUAGCCCUUGCCUUACCAUCAACUCCAUUGCCUUUAUGUUACUAACUAUAUCAAGUUAUAUUUGGUUAUGACAGUAUUAGAAACACAAGUAGGGAACUCCUCAGCAAUCCAGUGGUUAGCACUCCUGGUCAGGGAACUCAGAUACCAUAAGCCAAGUGGCACUGCCAGAAAAACAACAAAAAAGAAAAAAAAAACAGGUAGUUAGAAUAGGACAGGGGUCCUAGCUACUUUUAGGUUGGCCAAAAGAUUCAUUUGGUUGUUUUCCUUAAGAUGGCUCUAAUAGCACUUAGUUGUCUUUAGCUUCAUUCAGAAUAGUUUUGUUAGAUUAUAUUGUGACAGCUGUCAUAUCAGCAUACAUUUUUUUUUUAUCAGCAUACAUUUUUAAAAAACUUAUCAAAAUGGGCAAGUUUUGUGUAACCAUUUUAAUGUUGAAGAUAGAAGAAAAAAAGCAACAUUUUCAGCAUAUUAUGCUUUAUUACUUGAAGAAAGGUAAAAACACAACUGAAACCCCAAAAAAGAUUUGUGCAAUGUGUGGAGAAGGUGCUGUGACUGAACAAAUGUGUCUAAAGUGGUUUGUGAAGUUUUCUGUUGAAGAUAUGCUGGAUGAUGCUCCACGGUCGAGUAGACCAGUUGAAAUUGAUAGCUAUCAAACUGAGACAUUAAUUGAGAAUAAUCAACUUAUACCAUCCAAGAGAUUGCUGACACAUUCAAAAUAUCCAGUGCUGAAAAUCAUUUGCAGCAGCUUGGUUAUAUUCAUUGCUUUGAUGUUUGGGUUCCACAUAAGUUAAGCAGAGAAAACCUUCUUGACUAUAUCUCCACAUGCGAUUGUCUACUUAAAUGACAUGAAAACAUUCUUUAAAAAAAAAAUUGUGAUGGCUGAUGAAAUGUGAAUAUUGUACAACAAUGUGGAAUGGAGGACAUCGUGGGGUAAGUGAAAUGAACCACCACCAACCACACCAAAGACUGGUCUUUACCCAAAGAAGGUGAUGUGAAUAUGGAGAGAUUGGAAGGGAGUCCGUUCUACUAUGAGCACCUUCUGGAAAAUCAAACAAGUUAAUUCCAAAAAGUACUGUUCCCAAUUAGACCAACUGAAAGCAGCACUUGAUGAAAAGCAUCCAGAAUUAGUCAACAGAAAAUGCAUAAUCCUCCAUAAUGCAAAGCUACAUGUUUCUUUGAUGACCAGGCAAAAUCUGUUUUAGCUUGACUGGGAAGUUCUAAUUCAUCUGCCAUAUUCACCAGACAUUGUACCUUUGGAUGCCCAUUUAUUUUGGUCUUUACAAGAUUUUCUUCGUGGAAAAAAUUUCAGUUCCCUGAAAGACUGUUAAAGGCACUGAGAACAGUUCUUUGCUCAAAAAGAUAGAAAGUGUUGGGAAGAUGGAAUUAUGAAGUUAGCUGAAAAAUGGCAGAAGGCAGUGGAACAAAAUGGUGAAUACUUUGUUCAAUAAAAUUCUUGGCGAAAAUGAAAAAUAUGUGUUUUAUUUUUACUUUAAAAACUGAAGGAAAUUUUUCACCAACCCAAUACAGAUUCUGACCCCUACUAUUUGUAAAAUGAUGAGAAUGGAAAACUUAUAUACUCUUCUUUUUAAAAAAAUUGAAGUAGAGCACUCAUCGGCCAUCGCAAACCAGAUUCCUCUCCUUUGCAGCUCUCUCUAGUCCCUUUGUAACUAUGUCUGACAAACCCGAUAUGAGUGAGAUUGAAAAGUUCGAUAAAUCGAAAUCGAAGAAAACAGAAACGCAAGAGAAAAAUCCACUGCCUUCAGAAGAAACUAUUGAACAGGAGAAGCAAGCAGGCGAAUCCUAAUGAAGCAUGCACUGACAGCAUGCACUGUACAUUCCACAAGCACUGCCUUCUUAUUUUACUUUUAGAUGUUUAGCUUUGUAAGAUGUAAGAGGUUGGAUCGAUUAAAUGACUGCCAACCUUUUUCACAUAAGAGAAAGGAGAACUACUCUAACAAUGUAUAGGCCAUGGCCUGCCUCUCUCAUCUGCCUGUCUGACUGGGAGGGAAAAAAAAAACUGUUGGUGAAGGAGGAAGCCAGGUGGGACGACAGUGAACUCUAGAGUAAAAAGCAAGCUGGUCCAACAUGUCCUCUGGUCUUUGAAGUGCAGUUUGGAGUGCCGUUUCCUUUUUGUUACAAUGAUUUUAAAUACUGGUGUACAAACAUUUUUUAACACAAAUAAAAAAUUUUAAAAUGUAAAAAAAGAAAAAUUGAAGUAUAGUUGAUUUACAACGCUGUGACAAUCUCUGCUGUACAGCAGAGUGACUCAGUUAUACACACAUAUACCUUCUUUUUUUAUAUUUUCCAUUAUGAUUUAUCACAGGAUAUAGAGUAAAAUGUGUAUACUCUCUUAAAAAAUAUUUAUUUAUUCAUUCAUUUAUUUGGGUGCACCAGGUCUUAGUUGUGGCAUGCAGAAUCUUUAGUUGCAGCAUAUGGGAUCUAGUUCCCUGACCAAGGAUUGAACUCAGAACCCCUGCAUUGGGAGCUCAGAAUCUUAGCCACUGGAUCACCAGGGAAGCCCCAAAAUUUAUUGUUGUUCAGUCGCUCAGUUGUAUCCUACUCUUGGCAAUCCCAUGGACCUUAUAGAGCAUUCCAGGCUUCCUUGUCCAUCACCAUCUCCUGGAAUUGACUCAAACUCAUGUCCAUUGAGUUGGUGAUGCCAUCCAACCAUCUCACCCUCUGUCGUCCCCUUCUCCUCCUGCCCUCAAUCUUUCCCAGCAUCAGGGUCUUUUCCAUUGAAUUGGGUCUUCACAUCAGGUGGCCAAAGUAUUGGAGCUUCAGCAUCAGUCCUUUCAAUGAAUAUUAAGGGUUGAUUUCCUUUAGGAUUGACUAGUUUGAUCUCCUUGCUGUCCAAGGGACUCUCAGGAGUCUUCUCCAGCACCAUACUUUGAAAGCAUCAAUUCUUCUAAAAGAUACAUACUCUUAAUAAGUGUCUUCUGGUAUUUUAUACUUAGAUGUAGAUGUUCACCUAUUUUUAAGGUGUAUUUUCUUUUUAGGCAUCUGUGGAAAAACUAGAA